GUUAAUUAGUCGUCGAAGCGCAACUUUCACUUUUGUGGCGUCCUAAUUCAUUACAUUGAACAAUGAUUGUAGAGAAGAUGUACGUACUGUUACUUCUUGGAGUAUAUUUGUUACUGAAAAGAAUAGAUGGCGAGAGGCUAUGUUCGUGUUAUACCUUCAGCAAAGACCAAUGGUUAUGGACACAGGCAAGGGACAACUGUAAACGCAACAAUAAAAUACUCGCAGUGAUAGAAUCAGUGCAGGAAUGGCAAUUUAUUACAAAUGGGAUUCAAAAUAAAACAGGCACCAUAUCUGGUGAAUGGUACAUUGGUUUGAAAAAAAAUUUAACAACGCAGAGAUGGAAUUGGAUCAAUGGUAAACCUUUGACCAUUGACAAAUGGCAUGAUAAAGGCAUAAAUCCUGACCCAAAGGACUCUUACGGGGUGAUUCAUGAGGAUUAUCCACCUGGAUUCAAAGGAUCACUCAGCACCGUUACGGGCGACCAACCAAGAGGAUGGAUUUGCGAGGAAGAAACAGCUACCUGUAAAGGAAUUUGUUUCCACCAUCCUGUUCCGACCAGCCUUGUUCGUUUGUAA